AUGGAGCAUUUCAAUACUACAAUUGGCUCAUCAAAAAGCCUGAAAAUGUUUGAUGAAUGUUCGAAUUUUGAUGGAAGUAUUAAAUCAAUUUAUCUUGCUGAAAAUCAAAAAGUUUUUUCAGAAAAACCAUUAAAAUCUAUUUUGAAAAAAUGUGAUAGCGACAUUGAACCUAAAAGACGGGUCAGAUUUAAUUUGGACCCACAAAUCCGCUACAUCCCCAAUAGAUGUCAAACGAAAUCAAAGGCUCAGCAGUCUCGUAGUAAUAAUAAUCUAUCUAAUGGAUCGUAUUGUCAAGAUGUUUACAACGAUUCCAGGAUUUUUCGACCACAUCGAAAUUUUAAUAGAUAUCCUCGCCAAACUGUUGACGAAGUAAAUAUAAUUGUAUUUUAAACUAUAUUUAAUAUUAGCAUUUAAACUAAAAAAUGCUUAAUUUAUAGAAAAAUAACUAUGUACAAGAACCUAGAUCUUGUUUCAACGAGACUUGCCAUGGAUAUUAUAAUUGUAAUAACAAACCAAAUUAUUCGAGAUCAUACUGCGACGAUACAUUUGUAUUUAAAAUUGAAAACAUCCCGAAUAACGUCAGAGUGCGGGAUUUGAAAGCUGCUCUAGCAGAGCGUGGAAUUAAACCAUUGUAAGAUUCGAAUUAUAUUAAUUCGUCCUUCGUAUAAAAACCGUAAUAAAAUAUUUAAUUUUUUCUAGACAUAUCACUUGGAAAGGCCCAAGAGGUUUUGCAUAUUUGCGUUAUGCUAUUUCUAAUGGUGUGGAUAAGGAGCAGGUCAUGAGCUCAUUGCAUAAAAUAAGCUUUAAAUCUAAUGGCGUUGAAACUUCUCGAUUACAAACGCUCAUCGUAACUGCAUGUCAACUUUAUUAA